GGGGGUGGCGGUGUCUCUGGGCCCAGGGACCGUCUCUCGGUCCCGGAUCAGGUUCCGGUCCCUGACCCUGCCCCUCCCUCCCGGCGCCCGGCUGCAGCUGGAGACCGAGACCGCGGCCUGUCCCUCACUCCCCUCCCGCUCUCCCUGUGGCCGGGCCCCGCUCUCCUCCCGAGGCCUCUCCCUCAAUCUCCCAGCCCCGGGCUGGCGAUGAGCGAUCCCCCGGCGGGCCCGGGCCCGGUGCCGGUGGAGCAGGCGGUCUUGGAGACCUUCUUCUCGCAGCUGGGGGUGUGCUCCCAUGACCGCGCCAAGGACUAUGUGGAGCGGGAGAAGGAGAGCAGCCGCAGCGCGGGCCCCUCCUGGAGCGGAAUCCUCGCCGCACUCGCUCACCUGGCGGCAGCCGAGAAGGCCUACCACAGCAUGGGCUUCCUGGGGCAGAAACUGGGUGGGCAGUCAUUCUUCAGUCGGAAGGAUUCCAUUCGAUCUAUCUACACAUCCCUCCACAGUGAGCUGCGCAAGUUGGCCACCACUGCACAGAACUCAGCGACAGGGACCCCCCCGUAUCUGGAAGAGCUCCUCUCCCACCUUUCCGAGCAGCUUUGCUUUUUUAUUCAGGCUCGAAUGGAAAUCGCUGACUUCUAUGAGAAGAUGUAUUCCCUCAGCACGCAGAAGUCCAUCCAUUCGACAGAGGUGGUGCAUGCGCUGGAGGCUAUUCUGCAGAAAUACAGUUCCAGGUUCCAUCACCCCAUCUUGAGCCCAUUGGAGAGUAGCUUCCAGCUGGAGGUGGACGUGCUGGCUCAGCUGCUGAAAGCACAAAACGAAAUCAGUGAGUGGAAGUUCCUCCCAUCGCUGCUGAACCUGCACAGCGCCCACUCCAAGCUGCAGAGCUGGGGACAGACUUUUGAGAAGCAGCGGGAGACCAGGAAGCACCUAUUCGGGGGCCAGACCCAGAAGGCCCUUCAGCCACCGCACCUCUUCCUGUGGCUGGCCAAGCUGAAGACCGCCCUGUUGGCCAAGUUCACCUUCUACUUCCAUGAGGCGCUGGGCCGCCAGACCACCCCAUCGGAAAUGAAGGCCUUGACCGCAAAGACCAACCCGGAUUACUGUGGCAAGAUCUCAAGCUUCAUUCGCAAGUACGACGCCGAGAAUGUCUCGCUGAUAUUCGACAACAGGGGCUCUGAGACUUUCCAAGGCCACGGAUACCACCACCCACACUCAUACAGGGAAGCACCCAAGGGGGUUGAUCAAUACCCGGCCGUUGUUUCCUUGCCCACUGACCGGCCCCUAAUGCACUGGCCCAACGUGAUCAUGAUCAUGACGGACCGAGCGGCAGAACUGAAUACUUUGGACAAAAUCGUCUACUUUUAUGAUGACAAGGUACAGAGCACCUACUUCCUGACCCGCCCCGAGCCCCAGUUCACCAUUGUGGUCAUCUUUGUCUCCAGGAAGUCGGAGAAAGACUCUCACUUUCUCUCCUUCCUCAACGAGCUCUCGAGCUCCCUGAAGAACUCCAAGCCCUUUGCCAGCUUGAAGCCAGGAUCAAAAGGCUGAAGCCAGCUGCUCUGAUCCCAGUAAAGGUAUAGGUGCAUCACUAAUGAUGAGAAAAGGAUGAUUAGAGGCGGAUUCUACUGGCAGUGGAUUCCAGAGUCAUUUGCCAGACUUGAGUCAAGUCUUUAUCUGAUACUGUCAGGGGAACUGGGACUCCAGUAAUUGUUUGCAACUUUGGAAGAUUUAAGUCCUGUAACUUGCACCCAGCUAAGAAUUGCACAAACUAUUUACCACAAAUGUUUUCAGCAAUGACCAUGCUAAUGCUAACUGCUGUGAGGAUACAACUUACAAUUAUGAAAUAAACACUUGAAUUCAGUGCA